AUGAAGGACGGGUUAGGGUACGGCAGCCAAUUAGGGGGCCCGGACGGCAGAACCGCGUCGGCGACUCCCGUUUGCGAGGACCGCUCCGCCAAAAAGCCCCCCCUGCGCGUAUGUGUACUGCAAAACCCGAACCCCGAACCCGGUUUACAGCGGAAGCCGGGGCCCUGGAUGGAGCGUAAAAACGGGCGCGGGCCGGGGGAGGCCAAGGCCGGCCCACGACGAGCUUUAUUAUAUAUAAAAUAUACGACUCCGAGGACCGAGCGGGGCAGAAAAGCGAGCAUCUCCGGCGCGGAGGCCGGGUCAAACAAGGCCCCGGACGAGCUGGGAGGACGGGCGCGGAUGGGGGAAGCCCGGGCCCGCCCACAACGGAGGCCAGGGAAGGCUCUGGAUGAAAAGCAUUUGGAAAAGGUUUUAUAUGUGGAUGGCAGCGGGGCUUUAUCGACAACCACGUUUAGCACGGCUAUUACGGCUAUUACGGCUACUACGGCUACCAACCCGCCCGCCUGCAGCGCCAAUCUUUAUAUUUAUAUACAAAAUGUGCUAUGCUGGGAAGGGCCAUGGGCUGGGAAGGAGGCGGUUUGGGGGCCGGACGACACCAAACCCUAUGUACAAAAUGGGCCGGGCUGGGCCGGAACAAAGGACGGGAGGGCCAGCCGACACGAAGCUUUAUAUAUAAAAUGUAUUGUGCUGGGAGGGAAGCAGGCUGGGCCAGCCGACACCAAGUUCGAUGGACAAAAUAUGCUCCAGCCGACGCCAAAUUACAUGCAUAACGUGUGCGACCCCGGGACCGAACAGUGCAGAAAGGCGAGCAUUCGGCAUCCAGCCCACAGCGGAGGCCAGGGCCCGGACGUGCUGCAUGGACGUGGGCGGAUGGCGGAGGCCAAGGGCCGCCCACAGCGGAGGCCAGGGCCCGGAUGGGCCGGGAGGGUGGACGCGGACGGGGGAGGCCAGGGGCGGCCCGCCGCGGCGGCCAGGGCCUGA